AUGCAUUCUAGUUCCCUUUCCUCCUCCUCCUCUGCUCUCUGUCUGAGAGGCCCGAGCCAAAACAAGCGGGCUCCCCAGAGGAAAUACGAGAAGACCAGGUGUGACGUGAGGGGCCCAGGAGAGCAGCUCUCAGAGGACUGUGGUUUUGGAGAUGGUGGUGAAGGUGUCUGCAUUCUCUGUGGAGAGGGGAAGUUCAGUGCAGAUACAGGGGUUGCUCCCUGCAUGCGAUGCGUCCAGUGCAAUCUGCUGAACCGCCUGAAGGAGACUCCAUGCUCACCCACCAGAGACGCCCUGUGUGGUCAAUGCCUCCCAGGGUAUUAUGAACUCAGGAGCAUGACGGGGGAAGUGGAGCUGCCCUGUGUGCCUUGUUACAAUCGUGACAAAGUCCAUAAAGAGUGUUUGCUUUUGACAGCUCACGGCUCUCAAGGAGACAGCGGGAUCACCAGACCCAGGGAAAAUUUCAAAGAACCUAAAGAGAAGAGAGUAAAAGAAGAAACGUUUUCAAUGGUCCUGAUUGGUUCAGCAGCAGCUUCGUCGAUUUUCCUCAUUGCCCUGCUGCUAUGGGUCGUCCUUCUGACUGCUGAGAAAUUCAAGCAGGUUCCUGAGAACUGUCCUGGGCCUGAAGGACUACUGUCUGUAGAUGAGCUUCAGUACUCACCUUUGUCCGGCCCCACAGAGAGAGCAGCCGAACAAUCAGAGGCCCCUUUACUGACACUUACUCCACCUCAAGAUCCGCUAAGAGGCCUGAACUCACUGAGCCAUGACAAUGAGGUGCAUCCUACUUCUAUUGUGAUUAAUGUCACCACCAACAUUAAGCCCUCCACUCAGAAAGAGGAGAACAUCACAUGGGAGGAGAAGCAAAGACGCUGCUCUUCCAUGGAGGAGAUGGAGCAAAAACUUCAGACAAUAUGGGAAGUAGCUCAAGGUCAGAGUAUUGAGAUGCUCGACUACGACUCAGUCCAGGACUUGUCCCUGCUGCUUGACUCUGCUGACAACAGGAACGUGUUGAGGAGACUGGGACGGUCUUUGGGUGUCCCACCUCAGGUCAACGCUCAUCUCCAAGGCUUCCAGGACCUCUUUCAGUACCUGCGCACCUCCACCUACACACUGCUGCCCCAACUGGCUCAGGCUGCUGCACUCCUGCCUAAUCCUCAAGUUGUUGCUAGGGUACACAGAGCUGUGAUGAAUAAGUGA